GCAUGUCUGAUGAUCACUGCUCACUUCUUGAAGAGUUUGCCAACGUGAUUCUGACUGUUGGUGAUUAUGAAAUGCAAGUGGCCAUCUCAGAAGCACUCUGCCGCAUGACUAUGAAGAAGUGGAGAGAGGAAGUGGUGUACAAGUGGUUCUCCAACAGAGCUUUUGCUGACUCCUUUAAGGCAAUAAAUGAUCGAGAAUUUGAGACAGAUUGCAGAAGAUUUCUGAAUGAACUGAAUAACUCUUUUGGAGAUGAACGAAGAGUAGUGACAUUUCCCUGCAACAAAGCCUUUCUGGACUUGAUUGAGCUAUUCAUGCCAGAUGAUAAGAAUCUUGACAAGUUCUGGAUCGAUUUCAAUCUUGGAACUUCCUGCAUCAGCUUCUUCAUCAAUGACCCAGAGGGUGUGCUCUGGGAAUCAAUUAAUUUGGCAAAAGCAGCCGUUAGCAAGUAUAAUGUAGUUGGAUGUGAUGACCAAAAAAUAUUGACUGUCCAUAUGAUCAUUCCUAUCUGUCACACCAAGACAAAAGGAAAAACUGUCAAGAUCAUUUUUGAUUCUCAGUAUGACAUUGAAAAUGCAGCCCGGAGGGUGUUUGGAGAAGACCUGCUACUGGUAACAUACUCACCCUAG